AUGUCUCACACAAACCUCAUCAUAGACCAGCCUCUGAUCUCAAAAUGGGCCGAGAAAAUGACUAAAGUCCUUCCAGGUGCUCCCCUUAGGAUUGUCACCACCAAUUUUCCGGCAUUUGACGACAUCCUCACCCGUUUGCCGGCUUCUUUCGAAACACUGGAAUCUGAUAUCCUCGUUCGCAUCUUUGGUUUUCUCGAUGCGCCUUCCACAGUUCGUCUCGCACUCACAGGCCCGUUUUUCCUUGAGAAACUGGUCAAAUAUCAUGAUAAAAAGGGCAUUGAUGCUAAGGACCACGAUAAGAAGGAGUCCUGUGACCCCCCGAAGUUUUGGCUCAGAUUUCAAAUACCACUGAUGGGAAAUGAAUUGGUGGAGAUAAAGGGUAUCAUGAGUACUUGGAUGGCAAAGAAGUUCGGACACGACAAAAAGAAGAUAGCGAUUUGUUGCAAAUUCGCCAGAUUUAUUGUAGCAGACGAAAAGAGAAAGAAGUGGCAUUCCAUGAGCCCGUAAGUACGUCCGUACUUGGGAGAGGAACCAUGCUAAUAUUUGUUUCUUUCCAGACGGGCCGUUGUUUGUGGAGUUUGCCGUGACAAGUUCGAAGACUUUGGCAAGUUCUUGAGAGAACGCAGAGGACCUACACAACUUUGA